CUGCACAAAUUAAACCCACGCCUCGAAUCGUUUCAAAAGGCUCCUAGCUAGCUAGAGCUCUAGGCUUACUUAAUGCCUUGCUCUUUAAAAUUAAAGUUGCAACCUUUCUACUCUAUAAAAUCUUCAGCCCUUAAAGCUGACAGAUUUCCUCUCCGGCAUCCAUUCUUUUCUACCCCAGCCAUUAAUUUCUCUUUUCCUAUACCAGCUCAGUACAUCUUUUAAUUACUAUGAACACUCUUAUAUACAGAGUAUGAGUUUCAGUAACUUUCUUGUUUUUACUGCUGUCUAUAUAUGAAUUCUGUGCUUAUGACUGAAAGGGGUUCAAUGUUGGACUACGAAUGGGGAAGCCAGCCGGCGACGGUGAUGUACUCCGGCGAUGAAACGUCAGCGCAAAACCGGCAUUUCUUUGACCUCUACGCCACCCAAACGAGCUUCGGUGAGACCCAUGCCGGCGACGGGGGUCUAGUCGGGCCCCACACACAUUUCGGCGAUCAUCUCCAGCUGUUCCAUCACUCCGCCGGCGACGGCAGCCAAGAAAACACCCACGGCCACAUGUGCUCGCUCUACGAUCCAAGGGCUGCUUACGGCGGCGCGUCAUUCGGCCACCAUUCCCAGGUUCCCAUGCUCUCGCUCGAGCCCGCCGCACCGGCGGGGUUCGUGGUGGUCCCGAAGAGCGAGCCUCUGGGCGUUGACUUUUCCGGCGCGAACCUCGGGCUGAACUUGGGAGGGAGGACAUACUUCUCGUCAACGGAGGAGGAUGACUUCGUGAACCGGCUGUACCGCCGGUCCAGGCUGGUCGACUCCGGCUCGUACAACUCCCCGAGGUGCCAGGCGGAGGGUUGCACUGCCGAUCUCACCCUCGCCAAGCACUACCACCGCCGCCACAAGGUGUGCGAGUUCCACUCGAAAGCCGCCACCGUCCUCGCCGCCGGGUUGACUCAGCGGUUCUGCCAACAGUGUAGCAGAUUCCACGUGCUAACGGAGUUUGAUAACGGGAAAAGAAGUUGCCGGCGGAGGUUGGCCGACCACAACCGACGGAGGAGGAAAAUCCCGCAGCCAAACCAGGAAAACAGCACCCAAAACAACCAGCUGCUUGACAAUGCAUAUGCCGCCGCCACGAAUUCAUCGUCCGACAGCCUUCCAAGGUCGCCUGCACCACCGGAAUCAGCAGGGUCGUCGUCGGUGACAGUCGCGAUUCCGCCGCCAAGAAUGUCAAUCGACUGCUUCGGGGAGAGGUCAUCGUAUGGCUACAACCAGCAGCAGGCAAAUACUGCCGCGGCGGCGCAGUCUUCUUCGUCGCCUUCCCACAAUAAUAUGGCUGAAUUUGGGUUUAAUUGUUAAGUGGGAACUGAUGCAUUGGAUGGUCCGAACACAUGAUGAUGAUCCCAUCAUCCAUUUCACACUAUAUCCAUCAACCUACCCAAGUAUCUGCCAGCUAGUUAGCCACUACUGAGAAUUAUUAUUCAUUAAUAACAAAUUCAAAGACGAAUAUAUAUCUAUAUGUAUAUUGUUCGGAUCAAUUAUAUAUGCAAUUUGAUUGAGUAAUACUACUUAAAUAGAUACAACAUGUUGAAUUUAUACUAUUCAAAUAUUAUACUCCGAAC